UUUUCUUUUUGAAGGAAAAAAUAACCUAACAUCUAAAACAGUAGAUUCGAUUUUGGUCAAGUUCAUUUAAUAUUUCUGUGUUUUUAUUUUUAAAUGUAAUUUAAAUCCUCCUUCGAAAUGUUGUCUUAGUAAAGAAUAAUCGAGAUAAUCUCUCUACUUUUGAACGACUUCUCGCCUCUUCUACCGAACCCUGAUAGAGUUAAGUAUGUGUAAUUGUGUGAAUAUGUCUGAUUUUUUAUUUAUUUGGUUUGUCUCAUUGUAUUCCCUUCCUUAAUCAGUGUUACGUUCCUCGCUCUCACUCUAAAACUGGUUGGAAUAUGUAGAACCAGUUUACACAUUUAUUACUUAUAGCUCGUUUUUUUUUUCUUCUUCAUUAAUCUAUUUAAUAAUUAAUUAGUAUUUAAUUAUUGACUCGUAAAGGCUGACAAGGAUUAAUUUACCGAGCGUGCGUACACAUACAGAAGAAAAAAAAAGAAAAGAAUUCGGCUUUACUAUUAUUAUUAUUAUUAUUAUUAUUAUUAUUAUUAUCAUUACUAUAUUAUUAUUAUUAUCAUUAUUAGCAGCAAUAUCAAAAUUCCACUCCUAAAGAAAGGCUGGAAGUCGCUGCGCUUGUUUAUGUCUGUUCGAAUUGGGCCGCCCAGAACGGUGUCUGACUGUUCUGGCCGAUGCGCCACACCUCCCAGAACGGCCUUCAAGCACGUUCCCCGCGCUACCCUACUCAAUUGAAUGUUUGUCUGGAUAUGGGAGACAAUCUACGUCCAGUCUACAACGAGCCUUGUCACAAGAAAACGAAAGUUGGGGAAGACGAUUUGGCAGUGCCGAUACAGCAUCAGGAAUCGGCUGGCUGCAGCCUGUCAGAUUGUAGCGAAAGUUCCUGGUCUACAGAGGACUCGUGCAGUGUUAGUCGUCGCAGUAGUGCUACAACCCACGGGAGUAAGAAGAACAACAACAACAGUGGACCUAAAGUGAAUCGUAAGCGCAAAACCUCACCUACGUCUCACGGGCCCUCUUCUCCGGCCACAGUUAUACCUCCAACUUCGCAGAUUCCACGACAACGAAUGGCUGCUAACGCCAGGGAACGUGACCGCACACACAGUGUGAACACAGCUUUUGUUACACUUCGAACAUUAAUCCCAACAGAACCAGCCGAUCGCAAAUUAUCGAAAAUCGAGACUUUGCGACUGGCAACCAGUUAUAUUGCUCAUCUGAACACUGUAUUAAUGGUGGGAUCGAACAGUAUCGAUCAGCCUUGUAUUAAACACCAAGCAAUGAUAAGAGGACAUGAUAUGCCAAAACCAGUGUGUACAUUUUGUUUAAGUGCUUCCAGGAAUCGACCGUAUGUACCUUGUUCAUCGAAAACUGACAUGAGGAAAGACACUUGGAAAGGUUGUGACGUCGGAACUGUUCGCUUUUGGACAUGACAAACGUAAUUGGAAUCAUGGAAAAGAUGAUGAUGUGGAAGUUCUGGAAGACAAAGAAAUGGAAAGGAAUGAGGAAAUAAUUAUAAUAAUGGUGAUGAUGAUUAUGGUGAUAACGAACUUCAAAUUAUUACCACCUGGACCUCGUUACUUUAAAGACACGAUCUGUGUUAACGCAACACAAUCAAUAAUGUACAUAGGAAAACAAUUUUUUUUUUUUUGCUCACUUCAUGUGUUUUUGUUUGACAAACCCAAAAAGUCAAUAAAACUCAACUAAUUAAUAUACAGAAACCAUACAUACAUACA